CGCUAUGACGACAUUAAGCCGCGCCGGAUGUUUUGGGUAGGGAGAGGUUGACUCUGGGGACAGUCGGGCCUGAGAAGGGGCAAUAUGUCUGGAAGCUUCUACUUUGUAAUUGUGGGUCAUCAUGAUAAUCCAGUGUUUGAAAUGGAAUUUUUACCAGCUGGUAAAGUAGAGACUAAGGAUGAUCAUCGCCAUCUCAAUCAAUUCAUAGCUCAUGCUGCUCUUGACCUAGUAGAUGAGAAUAUGUGGCUGUCUAAUAACAUGUACCUGAAGACUGUGGACAAGUUUAAUGAGUGGUUUGUUUCUGCUUUUGUCAUUGUUCUACAUAUGAGAUUUAUAAUGCUUCAUGAUAUAAGGCAAGAAGAUGGAAUCAAAAACUUCUUUAGUGAUGUCUAUGACCUGUAUAUAAAGUUUGCAAUGAAUCCAUUUUAUGAACCCAAUUCUCCAAUUCGAUCAACUGCAUUUGACAGAAAAGUUCAGUUUCUUGGGAAGAAGCAUCUUUUAAGCUAAAUGACUGUGUCUGUAUUCUAACAAAUAGCCUAUUAUAUGUUUGACACUUGCUGAGCCUAUGAAGUCCUACUACUACUAUGAAGAGCAAUGAAGACCUACUACUAAAAAAACCCCUCAAGAUGUUUAAAACGUGCUUCACGACCAGGUAUGAGAAACUAGAAAAAUUCAAGGGGUCCGACAGUUAUCUCCAUGAUAGCUGAUUACUUCAGCUGUAGGACAUAUGUAUUUGUACAUAUUAAAAUAAAUGCUAAAUAAUGUCUAGAAUGUUUAAGCAGUACAAUGAUUAUCUUGGGAAGAUGUUAAAUGAGGAAGCCGCACCUCACUUUUCUGUGGCAAUCUGUAAGCAUUUCAUUGUAGCAUUUCAAUCUAGGGCUGUGUCAUUGCAAGUAUUUCUUUAUAUGUUUUACUUAGAAAAUUGUUUAAGCCUAUUCUAUUGUGUUACAUUCCUUUUGAGGUGUGACAUACAUGUAGUGCUAGAGAAUGCAUUUGCAGAGAUACAUAUUAACAUACUAAAUAAAAUAUAAAACGUUACAGUA